ACGUCAUUGAAUCAGCGCAAUGGACAGCCAAUCUCCGGCGAACGAGCACCCCAUGAAGGCGUUUGGAUGGGCGGCCAGAGACCCUUCCGGCAAUUAUCUCCCUUCAAUUUCUCUAGAAGGGCAACCGGAGAGAAGGACGUGGCAUUCAAGGUUCUGUACUGUGGGAUUUGCCACUCUGAUCUUCACACAGUGAAGAAUGAAUGGGGCCAAACUGUGUACCCUGUUGUACCUGGACAUGAGAUUGUUGGUGAAGCGACAGAGGUGGGGAGCAAGGUGACCAAGUUCAAAGUUGGGGACAGAGUAGGAGUGGAGUGCCUGGUUGGAUCAUGCCACUCCUGCGACAAUUGCACCGAUAAUCUUGAGAACUACUGUCCAAAAAUGGUACUCACCUUUGGUGCCAAGUACCAUGAUGGGACCAUAACAUACGGAGGUUACUCUGAUAUCAUGGUUGCGGAUGAGCACUUUAUAGUUCGUAUUCCAGAGAGCCUGCCACUUGAUGCUGCUGCUCCUCUUCUCUGUGCUGGGAUUACUGUUUAUAGUCCAUUGAGAUACUAUGGUCUUGAUAAGCCUGGCUUGCAUGUUGGAGUGGUUGGCCUAGGCGGGUUAGGCCAUGUAGCAGUGAAAUUUGCUAAGGCCUUGGGUGCAAAGGUGACAGUGAUCAGCACCUCUCCUAACAAGAAAAAGGAAGCUAUUGAAAAACUUCGUGCUGAUGCAUUUUUGGUCAGCCGUGAGAAAGAUGAGCUGCAGGCUGCCAUGGGCACCAUGGAUGGUAUCAUAGAUUACAGUAUUUGCACAAUACCCUCUGCUUCCAUUAAUUGGUCUCUUGAAGUGUCAUGGAAAGCUUGUGCAGGUUGGUAUUUCAGAGAAGCCACUUGAGUUACCAGUAUUUCCUUUACUAAUGGGUAAGCACGGUUAGAUACUUUACGUUGCAGAAUUUUCAAUGGUGUGCUUCUUUGAUCAAUGUGUAUUUUCAGGCCAACCGGUGCUAUUUUGUUUCAGGAUAUGGAAAAUUCAGCGGAAGUUUGAUAUUUGUUUUUUUUUUUUAAUAAAAAAUGGCCAUCUCC